AUGUGUGAGGCUAAUUCUGGUACACCUAGAGCUGCCGCUUCCAAGAGGUCGCCGCCGCCGGCUGAAAUUAUCAAAAUCAAUUUUGAUGCAGGUUUUCCUCAGGGAAAAGAAUACUUUCAAGUGGCUAUGGUGGCGUGGAAUCAUAAUAACCAGUGUGUCUGGUGGAGUAUUCGUAAGCUUCAAGGUCGACCAAAGAUAGUAGAUGGAGAGGCUCGAGCAGCUUUACACGCCAUGAUGGUAGCUAUUGAUCGAGGAUGGAGAGAAAUUAUGACUGAAGGUGACAGUCUCGAGCUGAUCAAUGCUCUUCAUUGGAGAGUAGAUGGCAUGGAGUCGUUCGGGACUAUUAUUUCUCAGUGCUUGUCCAUCAGCAAAACUUUUCUUACCUAUUCCUUUUCAUUUGUUAAAAGAGAUGGGAAUUCUUUAGCUCACUCUCUUGUUCAACAAAAUGUAAUAGAUAUGAUGGAAGAUUAUAUUCUUCCUCAAUACCUGGAGGAAUUUAUUCAAUAA